AUUUUCUGUUUCUUCCUUGAUCAGUAUAUCUUAAUCUUGUUUCGUGUCAUUGUCGCGUUUGGAGUUGAAUGGCGUCCGGAAGGCGCAAGUAAAGCAAAGCUGCGACAACACCGACUAGACGAACAAGCAAAAACAGAGACUUUGCACGUAACUCCAUAAUCCAAGAUGUCUGCCUAUUCAAAUUUGCGUCACCAUAUCGCUUUCUUUAUCUGCUUCACGUAUCCCAAUGUAUCCCUUCUUCUUUUUAAUUCCAUUCUCUUGAUAUAUUUACGAGUUUUUGCUUCUUUUUCCGGGAAUAUCACCUCUGGCUUUCUGGGUUCUUCUUCUUUUUCUUCAAUUCUCUGGAAUCCGGGGAGAUCGUUGCAAGUUGAUGACCCAUUUGGCUUCUUUGCAUGGUGGCACUAGGGAAUUCAAGAUUUGAAGGUUUAAUUAUUGUUGGGUGUGCUUUCUUGCUGAAUUUAGACUCCUGUGCCUGAUCAAGAGAUUUGUUCCUAUGAACAAAUCUUGUUGUUGAGUUACAGGAAUUCGACGAGCUAGUCUUUCUUUAGCCAAGAUAUGGAUAUAAGUACUGAGGCCUAUGUUGAUCCCUUUACAAUUGGACCCUCAACGAUCAUUGGUAGGACGAUUGCUUUCAGAGUCUUAUUCUGCAAGUCAAUAUCACAUUUGAGGCGUAAAAUCUAUCAUGUGUUAUUGAAGUACUUUUAUAGAUGUAGAGAUGCUUCUGCAUCCUCACUUUCAUGGCUGCAUCCUCGGAAUCCUCAAGGAAUACUGGCCAUGGUGACUGUAAUUGCUUUUCUUUUGAAACGAUACACCAAUGUGAAGUUGAGAGCUGAGAUGGCUUACCGGAGGAAAUUUUGGAGGAAUAUGAUGAGAACUGCAUUGACAUAUGAAGAGUGGGCACAUGCUGCAAAGAUGCUUGACAAAGAGACACCAAAGAUGAAUGAGUCAGACCUUUAUGAUGAAGAACUAGUGAGAAAUAAGCUUCAGGAGCUAAGACACCGUCGACAAGAGGGAUCUCUUAGAGACAUCAUCUUUUGCAUGCGAGCAGAUCUUAUUAGAAAUCUUGGCAAUAUGUGUAACCCAGAGCUUCAUAAGGAGAGGCUUCAAGUGCCCAAGCUCAUAAAGGAGUAUAUUGAUGAGGUCUCAACUCAGUUGAGAAUGGUUUGUGAUUCAGAUUCGCAGGAUGUUAUAUUGGAAGAGAAGCUUUCUUUCAUGCAUGAGACAAGACAUGCAUUCGGGAGAACUGCUUUGCUUUUGAGUGGUGGUGCUUCACUUGGAGCAUUUCAUGUGGGUGUGGUUAAAGCACUGGUGGAGCAUAAGCUUUUACCAAGAGUAAUUGCUGGUUCUAGUGUUGGAUCCAUCAUGUGUUCUGUUGUUGCCACUAGAUCAUGGCCUGAGCUACAAAGCUUUUUUGAGGAUUCUUUGCACUCAUUGCAGUUUUUUGAUCAGAUGGGUGGGCUUCUUACUGUUGUGAAGAGGGUUAGGACACAAGGAGCUGUGCAUGAUAUCCGGUACUUGCAAUGGAUGUUAAGGAAUCUCACCAGUAAUCUUACAUUUCAAGAAGCUUAUGACAUGACAGGUCGAAUUCUUGGGAUCACAGUUUGCUCUCCAAGGAAGCAUGAGCCUCCUAGGUGCCUUAACUACUUGACUUCACCUCAUGUUGUCAUAUGGAGUGCAGUCACUGCUUCCUGUGCCUUUCCUGGCCUUUUUGAAGCUCAGGAACUGAUGGCUAAGGACAGGAGUGGGGAAAUUGUUCCAUAUCAUCCACCUUUUAAUCUAGAUCCAGAGGAAGGAUCAAGCACAUCUGCACGCCGGUGGAGAGAUGGUAGCUUGGAAAUUGAUUUACCAAUGAUGCAAUUGAAGGAACUGUUCAAUGUCAAUCAUUUUAUUGUUAGUCAGGCAAAUCCUCACAUCGUUCCACUAUUGAGAAUGAAGGAAUUGGUGAGAGUUUAUGGUGGUAAUUUUGCUGCAAAGCUUGCUCAUCUCACCGAGAUGGAGGUAAAACAUAGAUUCAAUCAGGCACUGGAACUUGGUUUUCCAUUGGGAGGAGUUGCUAAGCUUUUUGCUCAAGAUUGGGAGGGUGAUAUCACUGUUGUAAUGCCUGCUACACUUGCUCAGAUAUCAAAAAUUAUACAAAAUCCAACUUCUCUGGAGCUUCAAAAGGCAAUCAACCAAGGGAGAAGGUGUACGUGGGAGAAACUUUCAGCCAUAAAAGCUAACUGUGGCAUUGAGCUUUGUCUUGAUGAAUGUGUUGUGAUUCUCAACCACAUGCGUAGACUCAAAAGGAGUGCUGAGAGGGCUGCUGCUGCUUCUCAUGGCGCAGCCAGCACUGUCAAAUUCAGUGCUUCUAAAAGAAUUCCAUCUUGGAACUGCAUUGCUCGAGAGAACUCAACAGGUUCGCUUGAAGAAGACCCUGCUGAUUUUGCUUCAACUUUCCAUCAAGGUGUUGGUGUAUCUGGAUGGGGAGUUCCUUCUGGUAGAAAUGUGCGGACACAUCGUAACAUUCAUGACGGAAGCGAUAGUGAACCUGAUACUGUAGAUUUAAGUUCUUGGACGAGAUCUGGUGGGCCAUUGAUGAGAAGUAGCUCUGCGAAUCAAUUUAUCGACUUUGUCCGAAAUCUGGAUGUUGAUGCUGAACUGACCAAAGGCUUCAUGACGCAUCCAAACUCUCCAGUGGCUCAGAUGGGAAUCACGGAAGCUUAUAAUCAGAUGUCUAGGCUGACAACACCAGAAAGAAAUUCGGAAAGCGAAUUUGAACCGGUGGAUUUUAGCAGUAGAUCAUCUGGGAAUAGUUCUAGUAUUACAGUCACUGAAGGUGACGUUCUGCAGCCUGAAAGGAUCCGCAAUGGGUUUGUGUUGAAUGUUGUAAAGAAAGAAAAUCUAGCACUCUCAAACAGGACCCAAGACUUGAACUACAAUAAAGAAGUUCCUGAAUGUGUUCAGCUGGACUGUCCGGAGAGGGAUAUUGAUGCAAGCUCAGCAUCUGAAUCUGAUGAUGAUGACAAUAAUGUCACUGUGACGAACAUGUCUAAGGAAACAGUUACUGUUCAAGAUUGACAAGAGGGAGUUCUAGUAAGCACAUCCCUAACAGAGGAAAAGGAUGACAGA